CAUAGCAGGUGAGGUCACGCCAGCGCCGCGCCACCUGGGACCGAACGCGGGGCGAUGGUGGGGAAUCCCGCCAGGAAUAUAAAACUGCUGUGUGUUGAGCUUCUAGAAGCAUCCGCAAUGCCAUUCCUCCUCAAAUUACCCCUCUCUCUUUCAAAUGACAUUUAUACUUGCUGUUUUUCCUCUUGAAGUCCCACAUUCAAGAAAGACUGUAAUCUGAUGAGGACAACUAGUUUUGUUCUUUGAUUGACAUAUAGGUCAGUGAAAGACAGAUACUAAUGAUCUUACCAUCAACAAGUGUGCUGUGUUUUGUGAAGUCAACGUGGAAUCAAAAAUACAUAUACAUAUUACUUUAUUGUAUAUUGAAUGAACCUUUUUGGAACCUGUGAUAUUUUAUUCUUCGAUUAAUAAAAAGUUAGAAAGAACUGCAUUUAUUCAAAAUAUAUAUAUUUUUUUCUCUCAAUAUAAGUCUUUAUAUUAUCAGUUUAACACAUCCCUGAUGAAUAAAAGUAUUAGUUUCUUUAAAAAAAAGAAAGAAAGAAAAAACAAUGCACUGAGCCCAAACCUUUGAACGGUAGUGUAUAUUGUUUAAAAAAAAUGUCUAUUUUGAAUAAAUGCUAUUCUUUUGAACUUUUUACUCAAAGAAUCCUUAAACAAAGUAUCACAGGUUCCAAAAAAAUAUUAAGCAUUUCUAACAUUGAUAAUAAAUCGGCAUAUUAGUAUGAUUUCUGAUAGAUCAUGUGACACUGAAGACUGGAGUAAUGAUACUGAAAAUUUAGCUUUGCAUCGCAAAAAUCUAUUAUAUUUUAAAGUAUAUUAAAAUAGAAAAAUGUUAUUUUAAAUUGCAAUAAUAUUUCACAAUAUUACUGUUUUUUCUGUGUUUUUGAUCAAAUAAAUGCAGCCUUGAUGAGCAUAAGACACUUGUUUCAAAAACAUUACAAUAUAUAUUUAUUAUUAUUAUUAUUUUUUUUUUUCCCCUUUGUUAAUAUUUAGUUUAACUCGGAAAUGUCACAUUAUAGAAGUAAAAUACAUUGCAAAUGCCACUUCAUGUUUACAGCAAUAUAAAAUCCAGCAUUUAAGUCUUACAAAAAAAAAAAAAAAAAAGGCAGAGAAAUGGUGUGUUUAGUGUUUUCUAGAUUGUUGCUAGGUGGUUGCUAAGGUGUUUUAAAAAGUUGGGAUCCAAUUUUCACAUUUAGGGGAUUUUUCUCACCCGUUUUAUCAUCCUCCAGGAAAAUUUAAUGUCUGAUCGCUCGAAGCAAUAACACAUCAUUUGUGUCUGGAGUUGCACAUCAAAGUUUCGUUCUCACUGUAGGUAUGUUAGCAACCAUCACCAAUUAAAACUACAUCUGGAAGUUUCAUGUGCUCUUGAUAUUCAGGCUGUAAUUUAAAUCGCAAGCACAUUUAUACUAGACACCAAAAGAUGAUGUCAUUCUAUCACCAUUCGCAUGAUUUAUGAUUUAUAAGUCUCUCACUGCACAUGUUACAGUGGAUCUGAUGAUUUCAGUAGAUUUUCCCAGCUGUUGUCUUAAACCUUUGCCAGUAUGAGAAAGUUAUGGGCAACAAUGAAAUUAUUAUUAUUUGCUGAGUAAUAACCGUUUCAUUUUUAUUUACUUGCUGUCUCAGAUUUGCAUUCAUGUGACAGGGCUUCAUCUGACCCAAAAGUGUGACAUUGUUCUCUUACAAAACAAAACUUUUCCUUUGCAUUGUUGUCUGUUCCCAUGGGAACUUGGUUGCAUGUGAGAAAGGAAGUAAUUGGGUCAUUUUAUAGUUAAUACGAGAUGGAAAGGGAAUCCUUAAAAUGAUACAGAGGGUUUAGUGCAUUGACCACGGCUCUAAUUGACUGCUUCCUAAAACAAUAUCCUGACUUCAGUCUCGGGGAAGAGAAUAAGAGAGGAAAGCUGAGAAGUGCAUGAAAAGCUCUCCGAUGGCUCCGCCUCCUUUGCCCAAACAAGGGCAGAACAGUUCUAUGUUAGAGGGAUGAUAUCACCAGCAAGUGGGGCAAUGCCGUUUCACACAACAUUCACCUUUCACUGCGCUCAUGACAUGGUUGGAAUGUAAUGGCUAAUGCAGGGAUCCGUUCAGUGAUGCUUUGAGCAGAGUAACUUCAGAAACAUGUUAGGCAUGGAUCUACCUGGACUCCUUCCUAGCUAGAUGACUCAAGAGACUGUUGGAGCAAGAGAAGGCAUACCAGGCUCGCAAGGACAAGGAUCACAGCAAACGUCUUGAGAAAGUUCGGGAGGAGCUGGUUAAGUUGAAAUCAUUUGCCCUGAUGCUGGUGGAUGAAAGGCAGCUUCACAUUGAACAGAUUGACCAGGAAAGACAGAAGGUCCAGGAUCUUAGCAAGAAGCUACAUGAAAGAGAGCAGCAGUUGGAGCUCAUCAACAGCAAAGCUAAAGAAGACAGUCAGAGGAUCCAAAGGCUGGAGCUUGACCUAGAACAUAAGACCUCCAAAACUUCACAGGAACAUGAGGAGAUGACCGCCAAGCUGGCCAAGCAGGAGUCUGAAAGUCGACAGCUGCGUCUGAAGCUGGCCAGCAUGUCACGCAGAAUUGAGGAGCUGGAGGAGGCCAAUCAUACACUGCAGAAGUCCGAGGAGGACCUUCAGGACCUGCGGGACAAAAUAAGUAGAGGGGAGUGCGGGAACUCGAGCCUCAUGGCUGAGCUGGAGAACCUUCGGAAGAGAGUUCUGGAAAUGGAGGGCAAGGAUGAGGAGAUCACGAAAACAGAAGCACAGUGCAAGGAGCUAAAGAGGAGGCUCCAAGAUGAAGAGAAUCACAGCCGUGAGCUGAAACUAGAGGUUGAAAAACUGCAAAAGAGGAUGGUAGACCUGGAGAAACUGGAGGGAGCUUUCAAUGUGAGCAAGUUUGAAUGUGCCCAGCUUCACAACAACCUGGAGAAAGAAAGAAUCUUGACAAAGAGCUUAGCGUGUGAGCUGGAAACAGUUAAAAACCAUAUCAAAGAACUUGAGUGCUCAGAAUCGAGGCUGGAAAAGGCUGAGAUUGGUUUAAAGGACGACUUGUCCAAGCUAAAAUCAUUCACAGUGAUCCUAAUGGACGAGAGAAAGAACAUGGCAGAACGAAUUAAACAGGAAGAGCAGAAAAGUGAGGAGAUUAACAAACUGUUUAAAGCUGAGCAAUGCAAAGUCAUGGAGGUCACAGAAAAGCUGAUUGAGGAAAGUAAGAAGCUUCUUAAACUGAAGUCCGAAAUGGAGAUGAAAAUGUCCGCUCUUACCAAGGAGAAAGAUGACCUGAAAUCUAAACUUGCAAGUGAAGAAGAGAAACGAAAGGAUCUCAGUGUAAAGUUAUGUCAGAUGCAAACUAAAAUGGACAAGCAAGAGGAAGCUGAGUGGGAAUCUUCAAGAAACAGAGCUAAUGUAGACAAAGUUGGGUAUCCUGAUGAGGACAACAAGGUUAAGGAGCUCACAAUGGAGAUCGAGAGACUCAGGAACCGACUUAAACAGCUUGAGGUUGUGGAGGGCGAUUUGUUGAAGACAGAGGAUGAAUACGACAUGCUUGAGAAGAAGUUCAGAACCGAGCAAGACAAAGCCAAUGCUCUUUCCCAGCUCCUGGAGGAAAUGAAGACGCAGAUCACCAAGAACAAGGCCAUAGAAAAAGGAGAGUUGGUAAGCCAAGAAGCUGAACUGAGACUACGCUGCAAGAUGGAGGAGGCAAAAACGAGAGAUCUUCAGGCCGAUGUCCAAGCUCUAAAGGAGAAGAUUCAUGAGCUCAUGAACAAGGAGGAUCAGCUAUCUCAGCUUCAGGUGGACUACACAGUUCUCCAGCAGCGGUUCAUCGAAGAGGAGGAUAAAAAGAAAAACAUGAGUCAAGAAGUUCUCAAACUAACCAAAGAGUUGGAAGCUACGAAGCGUUACAGCCGUGCCCUUAGACCCAGCAUGAACGGAAGGAGGAUUGUGGACGUUCCUCUCACUUCCACUGCAGUACAGACCGACGCAGACAUGAACGAACACAUCGAAGACGAGACUCCAGCUGUGUUCAUCCAGAAGUCUGUUCUAGAGGAAAAUCACAUCAUGAGUAAUCUAAGGCAGAAAGGUCUCAAGAAACCGACUGUGUUGGACCGUUACCCACCUGCGGCAGCAGAGUUGGGGAUGAGGAAGUCUUGGAACCCUUGGAUGAAGAAGAAAGAAGCGGUUACUAUCACUCAGGGAUUUCCAUCGACACAGGAGGUCAAUGGAACAACAUCUCGGACAUCACCAGAACUAACCAUGUCUCAGAAACCCGGUCAGCCCCUUCAUAUUAAGGUGACUCCAGACCAUCAGAGCAGCACCGCCACGUUGGAGAUCACCAGUCCACGUGCUGAGGACUUCUUCUCAAGUACCACCAUCAUCCCAACUCUUGGGCUCCAGAAACCACGCAUAACAAUCGUUCCUACUUCUAUGCUGCCAAAGUCCAAAACCAACGAAGGGCCAGCUGAACGGACAAAGUCUCCAGUCACUAUAAUGGCCAUCUCCAGAGCUAAAUCUCCAGAGAAGGGUAAAGGCUCCUACUCGGAGCAUCCUGCUUCUCCUCUGUCCAUCAUAACCGUUAGCGCAACUCCAGUCUCCCAGACAUCCAUCUCCCCAGAGCCCCAUGACAUGACCAUGGGCAGGGCCGUGUUCAAGUUGACCCCUGAAAAGCAGACGGUUCCAACGCCCAUCCGGAAAUACAACUCCAAUAUUAUAACCACAGAGGACAACAAGAUCCACAUCCACCUGGGGUCACCAGGGUUCAAGAAACCUCAGGAUGACAGAAGUGGCUCAGUUACGGUUUGGCCUAAUGGUAUAAGUUCAGACAGCAGAGAGAUGCCAACGGGGACAGUUCUCCGCUCUCCCAGACAGACGUCAGCUCAUGUCGGGAACAUGAUCCAAGGCAAGAUGACCAGCACCAUCACAAUAACCCCCAUCACUUCGGCCCCAUCCAGGUCUACUCAGUCUGUGUUGCUUCUGAAAUGUUUCAAAAUGUUAUCAGGGGGUGUCUGCUCCCUAGAUAGCUCGAUCUCUUUCAAGCACGGAACGGAUGUGCAGUCAUCUCGCUCCACGGCAACACGAAUCCCCAUGUCAAAAGGUAUGAAAACAGGGAAAGCGGUCUUGUCCACGACGUCACGCUCUGAGAGCCAGUCUAUGAAAAUUGAACUGAGGAAAUCUGCAGUUUGCAGCUCUGCAGCCGGAGCCGGAGGAAAGAGCUGAGAUUGGCUCGUGUUAAAGUGGCACUGGAAUUUAAUCUAAGCACUACAGAACUGAAUGAAAUCUGAACAAAAGUGUUGAAAUAUUAAACAAAGAAAUCAUUGGCACUGGGGCCUCCCAUUUCUAGAUUGAGAAACAUUAUUGUAAUAUUGUAAAUACUGUAUGUCAAAUCAGCCUUUAUGAAUUGUACAGACAUUUAUAAUUAGAUCUCAGACGGUUGGAAUGUGUGCAUGUGUGUUUUGUGCUAAAACAUCUGAACUAACCCUUCACCAUUUCUUUUAGUAUUUAUUUUCCUAUUACCAUUUCACUAAGGUUUUAUUCUGUAAAACUGCUUGUGGAGGUUUCCAGGGGGGUGCAAAUGUAUUGUAUUAAAUGUCGCUGAACGAAUUUUGUGAUUUCACUAAAUAAAUAUUUUUCUGUCUUCAGAAUACAUAGAAACACUCUUUUUUAUUUUGGGUUUAUUGAUUAUUUAUAUAUUGAUAUUUGAUAGGGAAUGUUAGGAAGAAAAUGGGGGAAUAAAUAUUAUUUAUUAUUAUGGAUUAUGUUCUGUGUAUCUAUGUCCAGUAUAAUGGCAUUGAACUAGUCAGGAAACCUCCAUAAAUUGUGAAUAACAUUUUAAACCAUAUUGACAUUAGUUUAAGCAUGUUCAGCGGAUAAACUGAUAUUCAUGAUUCACCCAUUUUGGAUACAAAAUAUUCUGACAGUGAAGGAAUUUUAUAUUAUUCCUAAAAAUGAUUCCAAUGCCUUUUGUUUCCUUGCAAUUCAGCAACACAUUCUGAAUCAAUUUUGAUCAAUGACACUUUUGUUUUGAACGGAACAGCUGAUAUAAAUAUUUAUAAAUACAAGCAUCACAUUUCUGCUUCUAAACUUUCCCAAAUGUCUCACCCCAUCGAAGUCUAUUACUGUAAACAUGGUUUUUACUUCUUUGGUUUUAACUGAGGGGAAGGGUCUAAAUUGGUAAACAACAUUAUUUUACAGAUUGAACCUGCAUUGAACCCAGAAUAUUUAUACAAUGAAGGUUUUGACACACAUUUGUGACUUGUAUUGCAAAGGAGAAAAAGCUACUAAGCAAGUUUACUUAGAAAAUGGUCAGUUGUUUUUUUUAGCAUCUUAAAGGAAUUAAAGCUUGUUGAAAAUCUACUCAGGCCAUCCAAGAUGUAGAGGAGUUUGUUUCUUCGUGGGAACAGAUUUGGAGAAAUGUAGCACUACUGUACAUCACUUGCUCAGCAAUGGAUCC